AUGAAAAAGGCUUUUGCUGCACUCAUAGCUCUCUCCAUCGUUUAUGGACUUUGCAGUGCAAAAGGGUGAGACGUAUUUAUUUUCACUGUAUGUAAGAUUACUGAUAGGAAAACCAUGGUUAAAAUGCGCACAGGCAAUCAUAAAUUAAUGAUUGAAUCAAGUAGAUACCACCAGAACAGGGAGAGAUUAGACCUGGUCUGCAAGCUUUACUUUCGGCAGAUCGGACUGAAGACGAAUUUCACUCUCUCUUCACUUGUCUUAAGUAUUCUACUCUAACGGACAAAUUUUAAUGUACAAUAAAAUGUACCUUCAUUUUCAAAAUAUCGAGCAAAUUUUUUUUCAGUAGAAAUAACGAUGAAAUUUGACAUACCCUUCCCUGCCAGGUUUACGCGGUAAAUUGUUACAACUUUAGCAUAAUGAUAAGCUUAAUCUUUCCUGCUACCUGAACUUAUUUGUCAUGUAAAAUGUUCUUCCAUUUUGUUUUCUUUGGUAAGUUUUAUGGGAUUUGUCCAUACUGUAUAUUCUGUAUUUUCAUAACGAUACGUGUUGUGGUUUUGAGCGGCCUAGAAAGUACCCGGCCAGCUAAAUUGUGCGCUUCUUCUUCGGUGCGUUUAUCAUUUUAAACUUUCGCACGUCAACCUGAUAUUUUCUUUUAAACGUUAACCUCGCUAAUCCUCAGAUGUCUGAUUGUUGCCUGCUUCCUGUGUAUUUCUCUCUGUCGUAGUCGCAACUGCUGUAUGAGCGUAUAAUCACAGGCUGAUUUAGCGGAGAGUACAUACCGCAGCCCCUUCUUAAUGCUGUUUAAUUUCUAAAGAACUCUUUCGAAGCUGCGUCCUCCAGAGCCUUAAUUUUUGGACAAAACGCCGUGCGAGAGUUCUUUAAACAAGUAUCUGUUUCUAAAAAGCUGGUACACCACAAGCCUAGACCACUUUUUCUGAAUUUUCUGGAUCUACUCCUGAAUGUGACAGCUGUUCAGAAAUCUUCGGCUAUUUACGAGAAGAAGACCUUAACAUGCGCGUACAUUCUUGGGCUGCUGGGGGCUGUAGAUUCCCGAAAGGCAAUAUCCCGAAGGACCGUGCCGCCAUAUAUAGGAUAUGUAUAUAGAUAUGUGCCGCUGUGAAGGCUAGUCUGGGAUAGGUAUAGAAAUCAGAGAGUUUAAAACUAGAAUAGGGUAUCAUCUUCCAAAAAACUGAUAAAUUGAUUGAAGAUUUUAGUCUAGACUAUGGACGGCGAGCGAUGAAAGGCAGCUGUAUUGCAAGCUUAAUACUAGUUCCUUUAAUAUUUUCAACUUAAAUUUGUCAAAUGACACGUUAAUUAAAGAAAAGAGUGUUCAAAAUCAUCUGCUAUAGGAACUCACUGGAAUUCAGCUACAACUAAUCCUGGCCUCAGAAAUAUACUACGUACUGAAAAUGAAAUUAACGUACUGCUUCUGAAUGAGAUUAUGGAAAGGAUGAGCUCCAAUCUUGGACAUGCAAAUACUACUCGUAAAUAUAACUGCUUCUGUCUGAACAGGGUCAAAGGCCUAAGACAGCUUUCCAUUUAAGCUCAUUUAAUUUCAAGGCUAGGCAUUAAAUUCACUAAAAGACAGACAGAUUGUAAAUAGCUACGAAAACCAGAGAAAACAAUCUUUCUUUCCCCCCAUUGCUUGAACGAAUCUUGAUAAUUUAUCGAUCUGAUGAAAACAAAAAUGAAAAAAGGUUGUUUAGUGUAAUUAAUGGUUUCAUCUGCAAGAGUUUAUAUCAUUUGUUUUUGCAUUUGCUCUGAUCUCGGAUUCCACGAAUCACUUUAGGUUUACUGCGUUGAUUACGUCAUAAUACUAGAUCUCCCCCAUAGGCUAGCGUUUCCGCUCGAGGUAAUGCGCGAAUCAAAAGCUGAAACGAAAACAAAACAAGAAAUGAAGAGGACACAGUUUUUUGCUCUCGCUCCAAGUUUUUGCGCACGGAAACGCUUGCUACACAGGCUACCCAUAGGCCACCUUGUCGAGCCUUGGUUUGCAUAUCGAUAGGAAACCUUCCGGCAGUGAACAUAAAUUUGGGCUCCUGAAUUUGUAGGAAAGUCAGCCGGUGUACGAUCAAGUUCGGCCGUGCCUUCUAGAUUCAGGAAGAUUGUAUCGUCAAGAGCAAGGUGCAAUUAUCAGAGGAUCCGUUCAAAAGACAUUUAAUCUCGAGAAAAUCAAACUUUAAGGGAAUCUAGAUCGAAUGGUUUCCAAAGAAUAUAGCUCAUUUGUAAAUGUAAAACAAAAUAUAUUUACAUAGAGCACCUCAAUUAAUCCUUAUCAAAUCCCUCUUUCUAGCAAUGUUUUCACACUCGUUUUUAAAGAGAUUUAAACUAUUUUUGCCAAUUGAAAUUNUGCGCGAAUCAAAAGCUGAAACGAAAACAAAACAAGAAAUGAAGAGGACACAGUUUUUUGCUCUCGCUCCAAGUUUUUGCGCACGGAAACGCUUGCUACACAGGCUACCCAUAGGCCACCUUGUCGAGCCUUGGUUUGCAUAUCGAUAGGAAACCUUCCGGCAGUGAACAUAAAUUUGGGCUCCUGAAUUUGUAGGAAAGUCAGCCGGUGUACGAUCAAGUUCGGCCGUGCCUUCUAGAUUCAGGAAGAUUGUAUCGUCAAGAGCAAGGUGCAAUUAUCAGAGGAUCCGUUCAAAAGACAUUUAAUCUCGAGAAAAUCAAACUUUAAGGGAAUCUAGAUCGAAUGGUUUCCAAAGAAUAUAGCUCAUUUGUAAAUGUAAAACAAAAUAUAUUUACAUAGAGCACCUCAAUUAAUCCUUAUCAAAUCCCUCUUUCUAGCAAUGUUUUCACACUCGUUUUUAAAGAGAUUUAAACUAUUUUUGCCAAUUGAAAUUGCAUUUCAAAAGCGCUUCGUUUCAAGCACAAUAAUGGUAGUAGUGACAGCAACAGACCUAUUUUUUCUUCUAUAGAUUGCAAUCCUCUAAUGACACCGUUUGCCAGCGUUUUCCAAAGGAUGUUGUGAUUGGUUUUGGUAAGUUUUCUGUCUGAUUAAAAAACCCUUCCCGCAUUUCAUCCCAGUGAGCACACACAAUUACAAGUGAAUGAAGACGAGAAAAAAAGUUCAUCAGAUAUCGAGUUUAUGUCCUGAGUUUGUGCCUUCGACUGUGUUUACAGCAAUGCGGAAAAGGUCUAUGCUUGAUUUCCUGUCGAAGACUUGGUACUUUCCAUGUCUGUAUGCACUGUGUCCCUGUGUGUAUACUGCACGUGAUUUUGCCCCUGCUUUACGUUCCUUUAGCUUUUUACUUGUCCCUGUGUGUGUACUGCAAGUGAUUUUGUCCCUGCUAUAAGUCCCUGUCAAUUGUCCCUGAGGGUGUACUGCACGUGAUUUUGCCUCUGCUUUACGUUCCUGUCACUUGCCCCUGAGUGUGUACUACACGUGAUUUUGCCCCUGUUUUACGUUUCUUUUUACUUGUCCCAGGGUGUGUAAUGCACGUGAUUUCGCCCCUGCUAUACGUUCCUGUUACUUUUCCCUGUAUGUGUACUGCACGUGAUUUUGCCCCUGCUAUACGUUACUGUUGCCUGUCAAUGUGUGUGUACUGCACGUGAUUUUGUUGCUAACACGCAUGUCCUUACAACACGAGCCCUCGUUUUUCCUUUUCUCCCAUGAAACCCUUAUGACAUCACUUAUCGUUCUUUUGGUCCAUUUUAGUUAGAGCGGAGGCGCGGUUCAUUACACAUGAUGUGGGUGAAUGUAAGGAAGUAACUCAACAGGUAGUGAAAGAUACCAAAUGUCGUUAAGUGCUCUCUUUCAUCAGUGAUUCCACAUAGUACAUACAGUUUCGUGGUAAAUAAGUCUAUUUCCUGUUGUGAGCCAAAUUUGUGACUUGCUUGAUUAGUAAACGCAGCAGUAGCUCGGUGUUAGAGCGCUGAACUGCGGAGAGGGAGGUCGCGAGAUAAUUGACACGACCGGACAACUUGAGGUCUAUCUAUAUUUAUAACUAUUUCAAAAACUGGUUGCCACCAUUUGGUUAAGUUCCUUUUUAAGUAUGAGGUUUAGUUUUUGGUCCUGGGAUUUUUUUAACCCCGAUUUUUGCCCCAUUGGGUCAUCCCCGUCACAGUAAAAUGCGGAGGACUCCCCUGGGAGAGGUAUAGUAGGUAUCGGAGGGCUUUGGCUGUCAGCAGUCUUAACAAAGUGGAACGUUUGUAAGCACCAUAAUUUUUAGGUAACUUCGACAGCUCUCUUAUUUUUCUUGAUCUUAAACAAAUUAUGAUGAUAUGUGAUUUCCCUUUUUAGGAAUUUUUUAAAAUCCUUGUACAUAAUUUUAAAGUAAUUUUUUAUCAUGUAGUUUUAAUUUACGCAAGGCCCCCUUUGAUACCAGCCAAUGGCUGAUAGGGCUAGCCUGCCUAAAUAAAGUUGACUUGACUUGAUCAUGUUACUUUCUCAAGUACUGCAUUUGUAACCUUUUUAAAAAUUAGCUUCCGGCUCCAGACCGAAUUAAUAAAACCGGCAACAGCUGUAUCCCACAAAGCAGCACAGAGGAACGUAUCUUGCUGUAUAAUCAGCAUGUGAUUGUAAAAGAUACAAUUCGUGCAUGUCAGAAAGUGCCAAAUGGUUGUGUGCGCCUGCCAAAUACAGUCACGUAUUAUCCGGGAACCAAGUAUAGCAAGAGCGUCGAUGUCGGCGUUUGUGGGGGAGGCUGUCAAGAGGGCUUCGCUUGCAAAUCUGUCAUGAAUGUCACAGCAGCCAUACGCGGUCCAAAUGGUGAGUAAAUCAAGCAUGUACAGUAAAACCUCGAAAUAGCAAACACUCCGCUACCCCAGUUAUAGUUACAUGUAUCCCGGGGGGGGGGGGCACUUGGGUAUUUUUUGGGUGGGUAUCUGCCGCCUGGGACUCCAAAUUGGCACCGCGUUCUAAAAAAACUUUCCCCUAAAAUUGAUACCCCGUUCUACAAAUGGGCCAAUUUUUUAUACCCCGUUCUAGAAUUCGCCCUAAAACAGAUACCCCGUUCUAGAAAUGGGCCAAUUUUUUAUACUCCGUUCAAGAAAGUUUGUAAAUUGAAAUAGCCCUGUUUUUUUUAAAAGAUAUUUCUCUAGUUGUUCGACCUAUACAUCAAAUAAACGCUUCUUCAUAAUCAGCAAGAAUUUUAAGCAGAAGAUAAAGCCGUGAUCCACAAUUUUUUAUACCCCGUUCUAGAAAACACCUCUGAAAUGGAUACCCCGUUGUAAAUCAGGAGCUUCAAAAUCACGACGCCGUUGGGGGGCACAUGCCCCUAUAGGUAAUGUAUGGGGGUCCCCCCCCCCCCCCCGGGCAUGUAUCCGACGUGAUCCGUAUCCUAACAUAACGCACUUCCGUCCCAGUCCCUCGGUACUUUUUAUUGCUGGUUUACAGAUGACGUCAUGGUGGCCGCCGUCUUGGUUGCCAAAAGUACAACAGCUUUUCACUCCGAUGGAAACUCGGACGAACUUAUCCUCGUUAUAGCUUGAAAUUUAAGCCGCCCAUUUUACACCCUCUCGUCAAAACUAUAACGUUAUUUUCUCGAUCUUUAACGAUGGUAGUUGUUAUAAUUUGUCUUUCAAAGGUGUACGAAGCAUUUCAGUCAUAAAGCAGUGCUCAUGCGUAAAACCAUAUUGCUACAGAGCAACACAUUUUGAAGCGUUUCUUGAACAAUACGCUGAUGGUAAAGGAAAGAUGGCUACCAGGACUAAGGUAUAUAAACAGCGUUAAUAUCAAAGAUGCAUCGAAUAAGAGUAUUUAACAUAUUUUAAAUAAUCUGAGGUUUUUUUUGUUUUUUUUUUACAAACGGCAACUUGAGAAACACUGGAGGCUUAUUAUCGUCAGCCGUGAAAAGGCCAAUAAAUAUUGAAACAAAUCUGACGACCUCAUGUGUUUUACAAUGAUGGAAAUAAAGUGAAACAUUUAAAAUGAUUCAAGAUGGAUGGAAAAAAAUGAAAGAUAGUCGUUUAACUGCCAAAAUAUAAAGUAUAGAACAAACGAAAACCAAAUUAAGUCACUCCAACCUGUAAGAAGGGCCCUCCUGCAGUGAUCACGUCAGAAGAGGAAAUUUCACCACUCGUUUGUAAGCAUAAUUCUUCUUACUUUCACUCUUUGUGCGAGGGUAUUCUUUUCAACUCUACUGCCUUGGAUCGGGAAUUCAUUAAUGCAAACUGACUUCGCAACUUCAAAAUCUCAAACGGUGGUGAAAUUUGCUCCUCUGAUCAUGACGAAAACAUGCAUAAGAGCUAAGAACAUUUCCGAGUUGCCGCAAGUGUCUGUUUCCUUUCAUUGGGGUGAAAAUGGUUUGUUUAUUGUCAUGCAAAUAUAACUCAUUUUCACAAGAAAGGUUUUACACUUAGCCUCGUUUUGAAAGUGAGAUUUUGUGGAACUCGCAAGUAGCCUAUUUAUAAAACUAUGCAGUGUUUUAAUGGCAAUCACUUCUUAGCUUUCUCUCUUUUAGUUUAACGUCUAGUAUCAAUGCCUGACUUAACUUUUAGCAAUAGAGUUUUUUCUUUAAUAUAAAAUAAAUACACCUCUUUUUCUUUUCAGUUGGUGGACAUGGGUAAAUGCGUCUACGAAGAAUCCUGCCCCUCCUACAAGAAUCGUGAUGGGUGAGUCAAUUGUGACACAUGCGGAGGUUCCAAAGCCAAACUCAAGUGAAAAUUCUAAAUUUACUUUCGCGUCAUUUUUUGAAUAACGAAUAACAAGUAUUCAUUUGUAAAAAAAACAAAAAAACAAAUAAAACCGAUUUGCGGCCCUUCUGUCAUACCAGUUGAGCACAAUUUUAACUAAACCACCUUUAUGAAAUAAUUAUUUUAGCUCACUGUGGAACUCAUUUCAACCCUGAAGUCCAAAUGUAAAUAAGCGAUAACAUUGCGCGGAUCAUUAUACCUUUCUGGGAAACUGCCCACCUACCCCUCCCCUAAGCCAACAUUUUGCCCUUAGUGAGAAGGUAGCGUAAAAAAAUGGGUUAGGGGAGGGGUAGGUGGGCAGUUUCCCAGAAACGUAUAAUGAAUGCGCUCGGCACCGUCUUGAAUAUUCACGGUAAAUAACUGGGCUCGAUCUUGUGACGUCACUGGAUGAAAAAUACCCGGAUUUAGCGUCCACACGAUUCCAGAUUCAUAGUGGAUUCAAACAUUUCCACAUCUGGAGAGCGGAUCCAAAAGGUUGCGGAUUCGUACGGCGGAUACACCGGAUACGUGUAGACGGAAGCCGAAUUCGCAAAGAAAAACUUGCGGAUCCAAAAAUAUUUGGUUAUGUGUGGACAGGGCCUAAUUCUUUUUUAAACCUGGAUACAGUCCUUUAGAAUAUAACUCCAGAAAAAUUCCCAAACAUUGGGAAAUUGAGCGACAUGGAAAAAGAGCGAUGAAUACUGAAACAGUGUGGACUCACUUUUUAAGAGACCCAGUCCCACCUUAUGUCGAGCUCUGACAUGCAUAGGAUGGCUCAAAAUACGUCACUCGACCCAGGCCCAAAAUGCCCAGGGCCUAAGAUAUUAAUUAUACAUAUUUAGCAAGCUGUAAAAAAUGGAGAUUUAUCUACAAUCGAAAACAAUCUGUGGCCUCGUUUAUUAAAGGUUUUCUUUUUUUUAUUAUUCUAGCUUAGUCUGUUAUUCAGUUUAACAAAUUUGGGGUUAUAUGCACUUUAAGCUAAAUAAGCACUCACAGACACGAUCCCAGCCCUUUGAGUAAUGUGAAUGCCAUUUAUCCAUUUUUAUUUCCUACUUUCUGCGUGUUCACUUAAUCGUAAAACAAGCAUUACAUUGCGCAGGCCGUCUUUCCUCAUACACUGCUUAACCAAACGAGCUCCAAUGACACACUCACAGGCAUAUCACUUAGGGCAUGCCUUUUUCAUUCAAGCGAAGCACAGACGCCACAAAAUCAUUACAAAUGCUUAAUAAGAGGCUGGCCUUGAAAUCUACAGUGACUUCAUGUUGGUUUUUUGAAAAACAAAAUCGACCGACUUACACAUUGACUCUUUAUUUUAUUUUCAAAUAGACCAAGAAGAGAUCCAGCCUCAUGGCCGCCCAGAUUUUGGCCGGACACCUUAUGUGAAUCGGAGAAAAAAAAGUACCACACAUUUAUCUCAAGUGGAGGUCGCCACAUGAACAUCUCUACCAUAGAAACGUGCCACUGUGAAUCCUAA